CAUUCAUUCAUUCACUCCCUCCUUUUACACCCACCCUCUCUCUCUCUCUUCCUCACAUGUCGCUAACUUUAACUUCCUCCUCUCUCGCAUUGGAACACACUCUCUCUUGUCUCCAUAAAUGCUCAAAGGAGGUCGAACUCAAGCAAGUCCAUGCUCACAUGCUCAAAUCCGGCUUCUUCCACGAUCCUUACGCCAUCACAAAGUUUCUUUCCUUCUGCCUUUCCUCCACCUUCUCCUCUUACGCCCAGGACGUUUUCCUCAACGGCUUAGAUCGCCCAGAUACUUUCUUGUGGAACCUUAUGAUCAAAGGACUCUCCUCCUCUGACCAACCCGAGACCUCUCUUCUCCUCUAUCACCGCAUGCUCUCCUCUUCCGCUCCUCAUAACCCCUACACCUUCCCCUUUCUUCUCAAAGCCUGUUCCAAUCUCUCCGCUUUCCAAGAAACCACUCAAAUCCACGCACACCUCACCAAACUCGGAUACGCCAACGACGUAUACUCAGUCAACUCCCUCAUUAACUCAUACGCAGUCACCGGGCACUUCAACCACGCUCGCCUUCUCUUCGACCGAAUCCAAGAACCCGACCUCGUCUCCUGGAACUCCGUCAUCAAAGGCUACGCAAAAGCUGGAGAGAUGGAUACCGCUUUAACUUUAUUCAGGACCAUACCUCAAGAAAAGAAGAACGCUAUCUCGUGGACUACCAUCAUCUCUGGUUAUGUUCAAGCGGGAAUGAACAAGGAAGCUCUGCAGCUAUUCCACGAAAUGCAGAACUCUAACGUUCCCCCUGAUAAAGUCUCUCUAGCUAGCGCUCUCUCUGCUUGCGCUCAGCUCGGGGCGCUCGAGCAAGGGAGAUGGAUCCAUUCAUACGCUGACAAAGCGAGAAUCAGCAUCGACUCCGUCUUGGCUUGCGCUCUUAUAGACAUGUACGCGAAGUGCGGCGACAUGGAAGAAGCUUUGGGAGUGUUCAAGGACGUGAAGAAGAAGACGAAGUCAGUGCAGGUAUGGACGGCUUUGAUCUCAGGUUACGCGUACCACGGCCUCGGUGGAGAAGCGAUCAGGAGAUUCACGGAGAUGCAGAAGACUGGAGUGAAACCAAACGGUAUCACUCUCACCGCGGUGCUAACUGCUUGCAGCUACACGGGACUAGUGGAAGAAGGAAAGUCAGUGUUCUACACCAUGGAGAGAGAUUACAACGUGAAACCGACGAUAGAGCAUUACGGCUGCAUGGUUGAUUUGCUCGGUCGAGCUGGACUGCUCGACGAAGCAAACCGUUUGGUUCAGAAGAUGCCUAUGAAGGCUAACGCUGUGAUAUGGGGCUCGCUGCUCAAAGCCUGUCAGAUACAUAGAAACAUCGAGCUGGGAGAGAGAAUUGGAGAGAUCUUAAUAGGAAUGUAUCCUAAUCAUGGCGGGAGAUAUGUUCAUACGGCAAACAUUCACGCCAUGGGGGGAAAGUGGGACAAGGCGGCUGAAACAAGAAGACUGAUGAAGAACAAAGGGGUUGUGAAAGUUCCUGGUUGUAGUACAAUCAGCUUGGAAGGGACCACGCACGAGUUUGUAGCAGGGGACAGAUCACACGCGGAGAUUGAGAUAAUUCGAAGUAAAUGGAGAACGGUGAGAAGGAGACUUGAGGAGAACGGGUACGUACCAGAGUUGGAAGAUGUGCUGCUCGAUCUAGCUGAUGAUGAGGAAAGAGAGGCUAUAGUGCAUCAGCACAGCGAGAAACUGGCUGUUGCAUAUGGGCUAAUGAAGACUAAACCGGGGACAACGAUACGUAUAAUGAAGAAUCUGAGAGUAUGCAAAGACUGUCACAAAGUAAUGAAACUCGUCUCUAAGAUAUACAAGAGAGAUAUCAUGAUGAGAGAUAGGACAAGGUUCCAUCGUUUCAGAGAUGGGAAAUGCACUUGUGGGGACUACUGGUGAAAUAUAAAAUUUUAUUGCUUAAGAAAAAUGGAUACAUUCAACAGUAUUAUAAAAAAAAAAGUUAGAAGUACAAUUGUUGUUUUUCAACUGAUGCUGAGGAGCUGUGUUGCUGUCCAAGACUGUCCAGGCUCGAGCUUGACAUCCCCAAGCUGAGAGUUAAGAAGGGACAAAGCGAGAGUUGAAAGCUUUUGAGUCUGUGUAUAAGUUUUUUGUAAAGAGUUAAAGGCUUACUGAUGAUA